AUGAACAAACUACUCGGUUAUAUAUGUUGCUUUGUUGGAAUAGCAUUGUUUAUACAUUCAGUUUUAUCAGUUAUACAACACAAGAGUUAUCUUAGAUUGACAAAUAAACCUUUUGAACAUAUUCCUUACGAUAUUGCAGCUGAAAGUAUAAUAGCAUUGGUUAUUGCGUCCUAUGGUAUCAUUAAUGUUGCACCAAAAUUAACUACAAUUAAAAUCAAUUCCCAUUUAUCAAAAAGAGAACGACGACAAUUUAUAAAUCAUAACUUGGCAAUGUACACAUCAUCAUCAUCAUCAUCAUCAUCAUCAUAA